AGAUAUUCUUUUACCCAGAUUUUUGUACAAAUAUUUUUGUGCAUCAUUGUGUACAUACAAAUAUUUUUGCAAUUUUUUUUUAUCAGGUUUAUGCGCAACUUCUGUAUCCAGAUGUGAUUGGAGGGGAUCAUCUUUGGGAAGACGGACCAACUACAAUUACAAAAAUUUCUGUGACAAUUAAAAAUAAACUCCCAUAAAUUUCCGCGAGAGGAGCUAGUGAAACAUCUCUGCUCACCUGCCACGUGCCCGCAAAUGUUUACACAGUGCCGUCAUGUCAAAUGCCAGUGAUCAAGUACCUAAAUGUUUGUUGAUGUUCGAUAACGUUGACUGAGUAGUGUCGAUUGCUUUUAUUGAUUCUUAUUUGUAACGUGUUCGCGACGUAUAUUUUAUAUAUUUAAAUACUAUAUCUAAUAAUGGUGAGACGGUGUGGUGCCUUAGGAUGCUAUAACAAACGAUCGGGUUCGAGAAAGCUUACAUUUUUUAAAGCACCGAAGUCUCCAGAGGAUUGUGAUAAAUGGUCACAACUUUUAGGUUGUGUAAUAACAACCCAAUCGUAUAUAUGUGAAGAACAUUUUCAUCAAAAAUACGUAAAAAGUGCAGAAAUUGUGCGUGAUGUUGCCGGUAAUGUUAUAUACAGCCAUGAAUUUAAGAAGAAAGUUUUAUUAAAAGGAGCCUUACCAUCGAAGCAUGGCGAUGCAGCAAUUAAUGAAGAACUCGGAGGACCUUCUACUAAAAGAAUAAAGUAUUAUCCUGUAGACAAUAAAAAAUUAGAAUCGCACGAGGAGAGCAUAUCACGUAUCAAAGUAGAACCGCAACAAACAAGCGAUAACACAUAUGUAAAAAUUUUUUUUAAGAACGAAGAGAUACAUAAUGAAAAUGAAUUAUGCGAUGAAAUCAAAGAAGAAAUUAUUGAUCACACACUCGAAGAAAUUCCAUGUUUAGAAAAUACUUUAUAUUAUAAAAUUGCACAGCAGCAAAUCAAUAUUAAAUUUCCUAAACCCGAGUGGGGCCUACAUUAUUGUCCAAGUAAGGGAUUGCUCAUCUUUUCCUUAGUUGAAUUGACACCAGAUCCAGAAAAUAAAGACGAAUUGUUAUCGAUAUACACAAAACAGGUGAUUUUGAACUGCCAGUCUGAAAUACAGUUGCGGAUUCUUGGAAAGAAGAUCGAUAUGCAAUUUGUGAAAAAUAAGCCAAAAUCUAUUCACGAGUUAGAAAAUUUAAUUAUGGAAGUUGACACAUUAAAAACUUGCGUUGGAGGUCCAACAAUUAAAUAUUACAGGAAUGUGCAUCCCGAGUGUGCUUAUAAAGACCAAGUUACAUGGAGGCAUAAUAAAUGUUCGAUUAUUUUACAAGCUGGGAGUGUGUGUAAACAUUGUUUAUUACUUCAUACAAUUCUGCCACGACAUGUAAAUAAAAAGAAAACAUAAUGAGCGUAAAAGCAGAAGUAUCACCUUCGACAAAAUGUAAGGUCAAGAAUUUGUCAAACAGAAUAUGCGUCAUCUAACGACAGGUACACAGAAAAGAGAAAAGAUUAAAUGACUUAUCAAAAACAAUUGGUACAGUGCAUUAGCAUCUUCUGAGUAUAAAACGAGAUAUUUUAGGCAGAGGAAUAAGGAGAUCGGCAUCAAAUUUUCCAGAAAAUCAGGGUUUUCAUGAAACAGUUGUCUGGUUCGAUAAUUGGGAGAGAGAAGCUGCAUGUGAAGACGAAUUUUUAUUCUCCUCGACAUAAGAAAAAUUCAAAGUGACUCCGAUUUGACUUAGGCAAUUACUUAUUAAACCAUUGCUGUUUUAAGUAUGUUUUAACUAGUAAAAUGAAUCAAGAUCCCUAAGAGAGAUUUUUUGGUAUAAUAGACAGGCCAGAUGACCACCCAAAUGGUAAUUGUACAAGUAAUAAUUCGAUAGAAAAGGAGAAACAAAAGAUUACAUUGGAAGAGCAACGAUGUAAUAGAAAUAGUACAUAAUGACAGUAUGAGCGAGGUCAUGUCUUCUAUUGUAUAUUAUACAUAUAACCGGAUUUGUAUGCAUUCAAAUGUUAAAAAUUACUGAUUGUGAAACGUGUAAGGAAGCAUUCCGCUCUUCUUCAAAAAAUUUAAUCUUAGGUUACACAGAGACAGAUUUGGUAAAUUUAGAAAGUCGCAAAAUACGACACAGUUAGCAAAAAUUAAAAAUAUAAAGAAUAAGAAGCGAGAUUAUACAAUAGAUAAGGUAUAUAAUGACUUUAUUUUAUAUUUUAUUUGAUACAACUACUUUACAAUAAAACGUCCUUUUUGUAAUAUAAUAUUGUGUAUAUAAAAAAAUAUUAUAUACACAUAUAAAUAUACUUUAUGAUUUAAA